AUGAACAAUCUCUUUCAUUCCCUUUUUUUAUUUUAUCUUUUAUUUCUUUUUAUCCAUUUUUUCUUUCUAUUUAUCCUCUUUCUUUUUUCGGGAGGAAAAACCAUAUCGAAGAAGAAGGCCAAAAGACAGAAACAGGAAUUUGAACUCGGCUUUCUUUCUGUUUGCUAUCCUUUUUCUUCUUUCUUUCUUUUUAUAGUUUUUACUCUUCUCUCUUUUUCUUUCUUUUUAUUCUUUUUAUCUUCUUUCUUUCUUUUUUACUUUUCCUCUUUCUUUUAUUUCUUUUUUCUUUCUUUCUUUGUUUUUUUCUUCCUUUUUUUUUAUUUUUUUUUACUCUUCUCUCUUUUUCUUUCUUUCUUUUUAUUCUUUCUUUUUAUAGUUUAUCUUCUUUCUUUCUUUUUAUACUUUUUCCUCUUCUCUGUUUUUCUUUCUUUCUUUCUUUCUUUCUUUCUUUUUAUAGUUUUUUCUUCUUUCUUUCUUUUUUUGAUUCUUUCUUUCUUUUUUAUCUUUUUCUUACAAACUUUCUUUCUUUCUUUUGAUUCUUUCUUUUAUCUUUAUACAAACCUUUCUUUUCUUUCAUUCUUAUCUGCCUUCCGUUUUUUUCAUUUCUUCCUAAAACUUCACUUUAUACUUCUUUCUUUCUUUCUUUCUUUCUUUCUUUCUUUCUUUUCUUUUCUUUUUAUUCUUUCUUUCUUUCUAGCAAUUAUUAGUAGUGCCCAUGUGCCAGGCGAAUCUAUCUAUCUAUCUAUCUAUCUAUCUAUCUAUCUAUCUAUCUAUCUAUCUAUCUAUCUAUCUAUUAUUAGCACUGUAUAA